AUGGCCACCCAGAUGCACAAAAAACAAGCAGAGAAGACUGACCGUGCCGGCUUCUUCACGACCUGGGCAUCAACGCCAAAAGCCUCAGGCCUGUCAGACCAGGACCAAGAUGGUGAUGAAGGGAAUGACACGCUGGCGCUGCAAAAUUCCCCAGGGGCUCAAAACCUGCCUGUGACCCAAGACUUCCUGCAAACCUGCUUGGAAAACAUGUCCAGUAAAAUCCUGGAAACCAUACAAGGUACCUUAAGGGAAAUCAGAAAAGAGGUACAGGAGCUGGGGGACAGGACUGCACGUGUGGAACACUGCAUGGAGGAUCAGGCCUCAGCACAUAAUGAAAUGGCUGAACAGGUGAAGGACCUGCAGCAGCAGCUAGAGAGCACACAGUGA